AUGGCGACACCCAACUACAAGCAUCCCAAUCUCAAACAGCAGCUCGGUCUGGCUGAAGAUCCCAACGGUAGCGACCAUGUGAUCACCUCGAAAGGACACCGCUUGACGCGUACCGUCACUGCGGGAGGCCACGAUGUCGACUCGUCGCAGCCUGGAUUCCCCGUCUACCAUCGAAGGAUCGGCAACCCUUUCCCGCUCAUGUGCAUCGCCACCGGUGCAUCUAUCAUGAUGCUCGGUUUCGUGUGCAUUGGCUACCGUGGCAUUUCCAACCCGCGCAUCUUCCUGACUAUCGGCCUGCCCCUAGGGAUGGUUGCCAACUUUGCCUCGUGCAUGUUUGCAUUUGCCGAAGGCUCCACCUACCUAGCCACCAUCUCGGGCUCUCUGGCUGGGCUGCUGGGUGGCGCCUCGCUCCUCUUCCUUCCCUGGACUGGCAUUCAAGGAACCUAUGUUUUGGGUGCUGCCAACCAGCUUGAGGGAGUCGCCGAAUUCUACAAGGCUGCUGGUCUCGUGUUUUUCGUCGCCUUGAUCCCGAUCUUCCUGAUCUUUUUGGCUUCGUUGCGCACCUCGGCUCCGCUCGCCGGUGCUGCACUGCUCAUCGUCGUUGCGCUCGGCUGUCUCGGCGGAGGCUACAUCGGUGGCGCUCCCAACCUUGUCAUUCUCAAGACCGCCGGUGCGCUCUUCAUCAUUGUCGGCAUCGGUCUCUUUUACGCGGCGACGUCCGUCAUGCUGGCUGAGGAGGGGCUCAAGGUGUUGCCCGUCUUCCCUCUGCCCCGACUUGACUGA